ACGUCGCUUCACUGGUCGAAAACUUGCAGUCUCCACAGGCAGCAGCUGCUCGCCUUCGUUCUGCGGGCUGAUCCUGGCAACGCUAUUUAGCACCCCUCUUAGGGCCUUGCAAAGUGCUGGGAUCCCCAGCCCGGAGACCUUCGUAGGAGAUGAGGCGACAGCAGUUUAUUAGUAAACAAUGGCACUUGCUGCCUGAGGACCCGUGGAGAUGAACUGUGGAAGGGACAGUAGGCAGGCUGCACCUGCUGACUCCGCCCACCUCCACCAGAUGUAAAACAAAAAUCAGGAGUGGAUUUGAAGAAAUGGAAAGUGAAUUGGUACCAGUCAGCAUGUCAGAGAUUGAACACAUAGCCUCCAUUUCUUCUGAAAAACAUGUUGGAAAAACACCUGAGUUAACAGAAGACUCAUGUAACUCACUUUCUGGUGAUGAGAGCUCCAAAUUAGUAAAGGAAUCUGAACUGUUGUCAUUAAACCUUGACAAAAUCUUAUGUCAGCCUAAUGAACACUGUCAAACUGAAGCUUCUGAAAAUUAUGUUCCAGAUCACAGUGGAGGUGAGGAUUCUUGUGCUAAAAUAGACACAUGCCCUGAAAAUUCUGAACAAACAGCUAACUUUUCCAGUGGAGAUUUCACAAAGCAAAUGUCAACAAGUGAAACUGAACAGACAGUAACACAAAUAUUGGCAGAAUUAAGGUCAUCUACAUUUACAGAGGCUGCUAAUCAAAAGGCUUAUUCAGAAAGUCCGUAUGAUACAGACUGCACCAAGGAACUUAUUUCAAAAAUAAAGACUGUUUCAAUAUCGGAAGAUUUGGAAAAAAUGGAAUCUGAACUCUUAUCUACUGAGUUUGCAGAACGCCAAGUACCAAAUGGAAUGAAUAAAGGAGAACAUGCAUUAGUUCUGUUUGAAAAGUGCGUGCAAGAUAAGUAUUUGCAACAAGAACAUACUAUAAAAAGGUUAAUUAAAGAAAAUAAGAAGCAUCAAGAACUCAUCCUAGACAUUUGUUCAGAAAAAGACAGUUUAAGAGAAGAACUUAAAAAAAGAACAGAAACAGAGAAGCAGCAUAUGAGCACAAUUAAACAGUUAGAAACAAGAAUAGAAGAACUUAAUAAAGAAGUUAAAGCUUCCAAAGAUAAACUAGUAGCUCAAGAAGUUGCAGCUAAAAAUGCCGUUCAGCAGUUGCACAAAGAGAUGGCUCAAAGGAUGGAACAGGCCAAUAAGAAAUAUGAAGAGGCACGUCAAGAAAAAGAAGCAAUGGUAAUGAAGUAUGUAAGAGGUGAGAAGGAAUCUUUAGAUCUUCGAAAAGAAAAGGAAAUACUUGAGAGAAAGCUUAGAGAUGCAAAUAAGGAAUCUGAGAAAAGCACUAACAAAAUUAAGCAACUUUCUCAAGAGAAAGGACGGUUGCAGCAGCUAUAUGAAACAAAGGAAGGUGAAAUGACUAGACUCAUAAGAGAAUCAGACAAACUGAAGGAAGAUAUCAAUUCUCACAUCAUUAAAGUAAAGUGGGCACAAAACAAAUUAAAAGCUGAAAUGGAUUUGCAUAAGGAAACCAAAGAUAAACUUAAAGAAACAACAACAAAGUUAACACAAGCAAAGGAAGAAGCAGAUCAGAUACGACAAAACUGUCAGGAUAUGAUAAAAACAUAUCAGGAGUCAGAAGAAAUUAAAUCAAAUGAACUUGAUGCAAAGCUUAGAGUCACAAAAGGGGAACUUGAAAAACAGAUGCAAGAAAAAUCUGACCAACUAGAGAUGCAUCAUGCCAAAAUAAAGGAACUAGAAGAUCUGAAGAGGACUUUUAAGGAGGGUAUGGAUGAGCUACGUACGCUGAGAACAAAGGCAAAAUGUCUAGAAGAUGAACGAUUAAGGACAGAAGAUGAAUUAUCAAAAUACAAGGAAAUAAUUAAUCGCCAAAAAUCUGAAAUUCAGAAUUUAAUGGACAAAGUGAAAAUUGCAGAUCAAAUACAGGAGCAGCUUCAAAGAGGUAAACAAGAAAUUGAAAAUUUGAAGGACGAAGUGGAAAGUCUUAAUUCUUUGAUUAAUGACCUGCAAAAAGACAUUGAAGGCAGUAGGAAAAGAGAAUCAGAGCUCCUGCUAUUUACUGAAAAACUCACUAGUAAGAAUGCACAGCUUCAGUCUGAAUCCAAUUCUUUGCAGUCCCAACUUGAUAAGCUUUCUUGUAGUGAAAGUCAGUUACAAAGCCAAUGUGAACAAAUGAAACAAAUAAACAUUAAUUUGGAAAGUAACUUGCUAAAAGAGGAAGAACUACGGAAAGAGGAAGUCCAGGCUUUGAAAACUGAACUUACAUGUAGACAAACAGAUGUUAAAGCCCUGAGUAUCCAGGUAGAAGAAUUGAAGGAUGAACUAGUAACUCAGAGACGUAAGCAAGCCUCUAACAUCAAGGAUCUUACCAAACAACUUCAGCAAGCACGAAGAAAAUUAGAUCAGAUUGAGAAUGGAAGCUAUGAUAAAGAAGUUAGCAGCAUGGGAAGUCGUUCUAGUUCAUCAGGUUCCCUUAAUGCUCGGAGCAGUGCAGAAGAUCGAUCUCCAGAAAAUACUGGUUCAUCAGUGGCUGUGGAUAACUUCCCAGAAGUGGACAAGGCCAUGUUGAUUGAGAGAAUAGUUAGGUUGCAGAAAGCACAUGCCCGAAAAAAUGAAAAGAUAGAGUUCAUGGAGGACCACAUCAAACAAUUGGUGGAAGAAAUUAGGAAAAAAACAAAAAUAAUUCAGAGUUAUAUUUUACGAGAAGAAUCGGGCACUCUUUCUUCAGAGGCAUCUGAUUUUAACAAAGUCCAUUUAAGUAGACGAGGCGGCAUUAUGGCAUCUUUAUAUACAUCCCAUCCUGCUGAUAGUGGAUUAACACUGGAACUGUCUUUGGAAAUCAAUCGAAAGUUACAGGCUGUUUUGGAGGAUACUUUACUAAAAAACAUUACUUUGAAGGAAAAUCUACAGACACUUGGAGUAGAAAUAGAACGUCUUAUUAAACACCAGCAUGAACUAGAACAAAGAACUGAAAAAACCUAAUACAAACAGGCAGAAGCCACCUUGGAGCAGGUGCCACUAACCAGUAUUGUUGGAAACUUCCCUGCUUUGUGUGUCAUCUAGUCAAAAAUUUGUUUUGCUUCAUCUGUAUAAAAAGUAUCCUUUUACAACUGAAUGCAUUGUUGUGUAUACUGUAAGAAUGUAAGCUUUGAUGAAACUUGUUUUUAUAUGGUUGUACUACAACAGCCUGUCACUGAAUCUAAAUGAUGUAAUUUCUUAUAAUCAUAUGAAGUGCUUACCAUUACUACGAAGGCUUUGAAAACCCCUUCUCCAUAUUUCUUCCGUUUAAAAUAUAUAUCAGUAAUGAUUCACCUUAAAAAUAUGCACGAAAAGAUUAGUCAUUCAGUAAUUCACUAUUUCUGUAACACCAAGAAAACUACAGAAAUGAUAUCAGUUUUUAUGUUUUGACCUGGCUAUGGGGCACAUGCUUAGAGUCCCAGUUAUAAGGAAGCUGAGAUGUGAUCAUUUGAGCCCAGAAGUUUGGGGCCAGCCUGGGUGAUGCAGCAAAACCUUGUCUCAAAACACUUAAAAAUUCCACGUUUUUUCUAUUUUGACACUCCAGUAUAACAUAUGGCUGUGUUUGAGAGAUGCACUUAAGUACUUAAAUCAUUCAGUUUUAAUUUUAAUGAAAACUGAACUUUACAGGAAACGCAUUUGUUGGCAGUUUUCUUUCUUUGUCUUAGAUAUAUUUUUUUCAGAUUUGGAUUGAAUUAAUCAUUGAAUUUUAAAAAUCUUUAGUUUCUUAAAAUGUUAUUUUCAAUAACAUACAUAUUUAGAAAAUUCCUGUGGACUUCAGUUCUAUUUUAAAAUGUGAAGUAGAUCCAGAACAGGGAGAUGAAUACGUCUUUGAAAUGGAAAUACUUAAUGCUAUACUGACAUUUAUGAAGAUAAAAAUAAUAGUGCUUAAGAUAUGUAUGAAGAAACUGUUUCCCAAGAGAAACCACCAUAUGGCACAGUUAAUCAUUUCAUUUAAGCAUCAAUUCUUCACUAUUGACAGUUAAUUACAUGUUACGGUGCGGCAAUCGUACAGUUCCCCCAAAUAUGGUGUUUUAAUAUAUUUAUUUGUAACAUAAUUAUAUAUCUAGAACCAAGAGAAUUUUAGGGCCAAGUUUUUGCAUGUUCUUAGAUUUUUACAAUAUUUAUUUAAGAUGUACACUUAAAUCUUGCCAUAUCAAUACUUGCUGUUGAAUUUUUCUCACCGUUUAUUAUUUCUCACCUAUCAGGAUUUCUUUCACAUUACAUUAUAUUAGACUAAGUGUCUGUUAGGCUACCGUGGCUCAUGUGCAGAUGCUGCAAGAAGCCUCAUUUCUGUUUGAGAUCACCCCACAAUGAAGAGACAUGAGCUUUGGGUGAAGCCUUUAAAAAAUUGUAGGGCCUGUUAAGUUGAGCUCAUGGUGGCAAUAUCCUUUUAAUGUUUUAACAUUUAAAAAAGAUCAGCCUAACACUGUUUAAAAAGAUAAUUUGCUAAAAAUUAGGUGAUUCUAUGUAGUGUCUUUUUCUGUGUAUUGAGUUAUAUGCUGUCAUUCAAAAACAAGUAUCUUUUUACUUCAGAGUGAAAGUACGCAAAGAUGUUUUAUUUUUAAAAUAGAUGUAAAAAGUAUGUCUUUUUAAUGUGUCUUGAUUUUUUAUUAAUAAUUUAUCAAAAUAAAAAGAGGGCAAGUGCAAUAAAAUCAAUUAUUUUCCCAUUUGUUUCUGGACAUACUGUUAAAACUCAUGAACUCUACUACAGUCAGAAAUGUAUUAAACCUUUUUAGUUUCUCAUGCGAUACAGAUUUAUAAAUUAUAAUUUUUUUCUCCAAGGCACAAAGUAUAUAUAGGAAACCAAAAAGUAAUCAGAUCCAUCAUGUCCUAUGCUUGUAUACUUUUAUAAAUAUAUACAUUUAUUACAGACAAAAAAGGAAAAUUCCAGUAUUAAUAUUUCUGCCAUGAUCUACUUAGAGAAGUUUGAUGAUAAAACAAUCUUAGAAGAAAGUUACUCAAAGCCAUAUUUUGACUGUAUUCCAUUUUUCCCUCAUAAAUUAAAGAAACUAUAGAAAAAUUUUGAAGAGAAUACUUUCUCUUCUUCACUAUGUACUGCAUUCUUUUGUAUAUGGAUCAAAACUGAGCAAAAUAAUGUACAAAAAUAUGCGUCUUUCAGAGAUACCUGCUUCUAUAGUGAUUCACAAACAACUCCUAGUGUAAAGAUUUAAAGGGCCUUCAGUGUUGUUUUACUGAAUAUGUGGGGAGAAAAAUAGGAUGACGGGGGUAAACCAGAGACCUGUGGAGAAAUUCGUUCAGUAUGUUCAUUAUUGUAUGCCUCAAAGUCCAUUUUGUCUAGUUUCAGUGUCUUUGAGCAGAAAAUGUUUUGUGUGUAUAUAUGUAUACAUUUAAUAGGUUUUAAUUUGAAAGUGAAUGUUUGGUGUGACUUCCUUUUUCCCAUAUCACUUCAAAUUUUAGUCUGCUAAAACAGUUUUAAAGGAUUGAAAAUGGUGGCUGGUGUUAAAGAGAAGAAAGAAUUUGAACUUUGAUAAUAUUUUUUGUUUUUGUUUCAUAUCUUUGUAACCAUUUAAAGUGAUUUAGUCAGAUUAUGAUCAUGUUAUUUAUUCACUUAAUAACACUUUGAAAACCUACCAUUGUCAGGCACCGCACUGGUUCAGUGAUUAUAUUGAUAAGCAGACUACACAUUGCACUUCUUUAUUUUUUUUUUUUAUUUUUUAUUUAUUUAUUUUUUUUUGUCUUUUUCAUUUUUAUCGGUACCGGGGAUCGAACUCACGACCACCUGCUUGCAAGGCAGGUGCUUAUGCCGCUGAGCUAAACCCCCAGCCCCCACAGUGCACUUCUUGUCCUCAAGGAGCUUCUAGUCUAAUGACAAUAGUUAGGAGGCAGUAGGAGCAGGACUUUGGGUCUUUAUAACUCAUGCCCCAUCCCUGAUUUACUGGGCUGAGAAGAGAAUUAAUCUACCUAGGGCAGCAGUGGCCCAGAAAUCCCAUUCUGGCAUGAAGCUUUGGAAACUGACUCCGUGCUUAAUGCGUAUUGAAAGAAAAUUGCUGCUUUCGUAGUGGUUCUGUGUAUUUCCUAACUUUUGUCAUAGUUUGUUUAUUCAUAAAGGAGAAAAAUCCAAAGAUCAUAAAAUGACUUUAGAUUUUUACCAUUUUAGUAAAUUAUUAAUUCUCACAAAGAUAAAUUUGUAUUGUCAUGCAUGUUUCCAAACUUUGUUUUGCAGUAUGUUAUUUUUUCUAAAGAUUUUUAUGUAUGGAUUUAGACCAAGAUUUAUCAUUAAGAGAAAAAAUUAAAAAUUGUAAAUGUAAUAUAUGGUACCCUGGUGGAAAUAUUUUUAUAAAUUAUGUUGUCAUUCAUAUCUUAUAAGUGUUGACUCUAGUAGUCUAUUUUUCAGUAACUUUUCUUUUUUAACAAAACAAUUCUUUUUUGACACAAAUUAUUUUUAACUAAUACCAGUUGGUGGCACUAGAAAUCUGAAAAUUUUCAAGCUGAACAGGAGAAAUAUUUGAAAAAGUAUGCAAACAUCAGUUUUUAGGAAAAGAAAUGAAAAAUAAAAUUGCAUAUUAAAAUGUACCCUUCUGGAAUGAAAUGCUUUUUAAAAAUGCAUAUUGGCUGUCCAUCUCGACUGUGAUGACAAAACUGAUUUAUCUUCCAGAGUACAUACAGUGUGCAUUGUAUAAAUAAUCUUUUAAUUUGAUUACACUGUUCAUUAUGUAAAUGUGAUUCUGUAUAAAAUGAAGCUUUUAAAGACGAUUUUAUGUAUAUAUUGUACUUAUUAAAUAGGUAAUGCCUGUUUACCAACUUGCA